AUGAAAGACAACCAUAUUGAGCUGAUUCGACUUCGUCUAUUCACUGCAAAUGAACAACAAGCAGUAGCUGACCCCUAUAAUUAUGGACAUACAUUGAAUCUUGCAUUGAGAUUAGCUCGUCGAAUCAAAGCUCAUGGACUACAAAUUAUGCUUGAUUUUCACUACUCUGACACAUGGGCCGAUCCAGGACAUCAGUUAAAGCCAAAUACAUGGGCAAAUCUUACAUUCGAUCAGCUAGUAGCGAGACUUCAUGAUUAUACACGCAAAUCUUUACAUGCAUUUGUCGAAAACAACUCGAUACCCGAAUAUGUACAAAUCGGGAAUGAAAUUACGCAUGGAAUGUUAUGGCCCGAUGGAAGACUAAAUAAGGACAGUGAUUGGCCACGCUUGGCAACACUUUUGCGGGCUGCCAGCCGAGCUGUGCGGGAAAUACUCGGACAAAAGACAAAAAUUAUCGUACACAGUACUUCGUCCACCAGAUGGACACAUGCACAGUGGUUUUUUGAUAAAGUUAUAGCAGAUAUUGAUUUUGACAUAAUCGGUCUUAGCUAUUAUCCAUUUUGGCAUGGUAAACCAGGUGCAUUACAUUUCUGUCUUGAACAAAUUUCUCGCCGUUAUGAUAAAUCGAUCUUCAUCGUUGAAACAGCAUAUCCCUAG